GGAAGCCCCGCCCCUGGGGGCUGGACCAAGGCAGCGUUCUAACCGGGUUUUGCAGAGCUGAGAUCUGGAGUCUCCAGUUGGAAACGCACAUGCAAAACUGUUCUGAAGCCACUGCAUCAGCAGAUCCCAGACCAGCCUUGGCGAGGGCUGUGAUCUUCUGUACCGGUCACCUCCCACAGGACGCAGCGCUCGCACGUUGCUGCGGCUCCAGACCUCGCUGCUACCGGGAAGUUACAGGCACCGGUGAAGAUCGGCGCGGCCCAAGAACCGCGUCUCUUGCAAAGCCCACAGAUCUUCCUUGAAAAAUCUCUAACCUAAGGUUCAUGGUGCAUUUUUAACCAACAAAAGAAGGGGACGAGAAAGACACUGUCACCAGGCACCCAGCACUGGAGAAGCGAAGAAACCUCUUCCCAGGAUGGUCUCUCACUCAGAGCUGAGGAAGCUCUUCUGCUCAGCGGACGCGGUGUGUUUUGAUGUCGACAGCACAGUCAUCAGAGAAGAAGGAAUUGACGAGCUGGCCAAGUUCUGUGGAGUGGAGGCGGCUGUGUCUGAAAUGACACGCAGAGCCAUGGGAGGGGCAUUACCUUUCAAAGAUGCGCUCACCGAGCGCCUGGCGCUGAUCCAGCCCUCUAGGGAGCAGGUACAAAGGCUUCUAGCUCAGCACCCGCCACACCUGACCCCCGGCAUAAGGGAGCUGGUAAGCCGCCUACAGGAGCGAAAUGUCCAGGUGUUCCUCAUAUCUGGUGGCUUUAGGAGUAUUGUGGAGCAUGUUGCUGCAAAGCUUAACAUCCCAACAACCAAUGUAUUUGCUAAUAGGUUGAAAUUCUAUUUUAACGGUGAGUAUGCAGGUUUUGAUGAGAUGCAGCCAACAGCUGAGUCUGGUGGGAAAGGAAAGGUUAUUCGAUUUUUAAAGGAGAAAUUUCACUUUAAGAAAAUAAUCAUGAUCGGAGACGGAGCUACGGACAUGGAAGCCUGCCCUCCCGCUGACGCUUUCAUUGGAUUUGGAGGAAAUGUGAUCAGGCAACAAGUAAAGGACAAUGCCAAGUGGUACAUCACUGACUUUGUUGAGCUGAUGGGAGAUUUGGAAGAAUAAUCUUGACUACUGUUCACCCAGAAC